AUGACAGGGUCCAAACCAAGCUCUAGAGGUCGAGAUGCGGUGGAAGAGGACAACGAAGGCGAGCAUGUGGACAACUCUCGGGAGGGAGCCAUUACACUGAGAAAGUCUGGGCGAAAGAGGCGCAGGAGGGUGCGCAUUGGGGAAGAAGAGUCUCAAUCCGGUGAAGACGCACCAGAGCGUGAUUCGGGCGAUGGAGGAGAGACCACCGCGCGGGACUCUUCUACCUGCCAUGAUGAGACAACCGGGCUGGGAGCUUCAACUGAUGAGGCUCAUGGUUUAAACAACGAUGACGAGGGACCGGACGGCCCAUACGACGCUGAGGACGAAGAUGCUCGCGACGUGGAGGAUGAUGAGGAGGCUACGAACGAGGAUGGUGACGAUGAAGAUUCUGACGAGGAUGCUAACGAUGAGUACGGGGAGGAGGUUGAUGACGAGGUACAGGAGGAGGAUGAACAGGAGGAGGAACAGGAGGAUGAACAGGAGGAGGAACAGGAGGAUGAACAGGAGGAGGAUCAGGAGGAGGAUGAACAGGAGGAGGAUGAACAGGAGGAUGAACAGGAGGAGAAUGAACAAGAGGAGGAAGAUGAGGAGGAGCAGGAGGAGGAACAGGAGGAGGAACAUGAGGAGGAACAUGAGAAGGAACAUGUGGAGGAACGGGAGGAGGAACAGGAGACGGAACAGGAGAAUCAGGGGGGACGGGAGGAGGAACAGCAGGAGAGAGGCGAGCAUGAGACUGAGGCAGAACCUGGUAACAACGAUGCCGAGUCGUUGGGGUCUUGGUUGGCACUGCGAUGA